GUUGAUUGUGAUUGGUUUAAAAGUAUUGACCAAUCAAAAAGCGCAAAUUAGUCGGUGUUCGGUUUUUGUAUACUUUCCCGACCAAAACAACAUUCCAAACGUGAACAGACACCAGCGAACACACGAGCAACGAUGCCGGUCACGCUCAGAGCAAAAUGUAUAAUUGUUGGUGAUACAACUGUUGGAAAAAGCUCUCUUUGCCAGAUGUUUCACAGUGAUGGGUCUCACUUUGCAAAGAACUACACAAUGACUGCUGGUGUUGAGUUGCUGGUAAAAUCUGUGAAUAUUCCAGAGACCAGAGAUUCAGUGGAGCUGUUUUUGUACGACUCUGCUGGAAAAGAAAUCUUUUCAGAACAUGUACAGAAAUAUUGGGACCACCCUGGUGUCAUUAUAGUUGUUUUUGAUGUGACAAACGAGACAUCUUUCUCAAGUUGCGCGAAGUGGUUAGAACGGGUGCGAUCACAGAAGCCAGAUGUACACAUGCCAGGAGUUCUGAUAGGAAACAAAAUUGACUUGGAACAGAGACAGGUGAUCAGCCCAAAGGCUGCCACACAUUUUGCUGAAUCGAAUGGCCUGAAAUACUUUGAGUGUUCUUCUAAAGAAUUCCAGAAUGUGGAAGCGCCAUUCUACUAUAUAGCCAAUGAAUUCUACAAAAUCUAUCAAGAACGUAUUGAACAUUUCAAGACACUAUCCUUAUGAUAGAUCUUCAUUUUGAACAAGAGACUUUUGAAAUAUUGUACUCUAUACAUUCCUCCGUCCAUCUGUUAAAUAGAUUUUUUAUGUCCAAAUAAAAUUAGUAUGCAACAUA